UGUAACUGAUACAUUUUUUAUUUAUUGGUUUACUGGCUUUAUCUUUUUAGGCAGCAAAUGUUGAGAAAAACAUGGUGAAACAAUAUGUUUGAAGGCAAAAAUAUUCAUUUGUCACCAGUUGAUGGCAAACGACUUUGCAGCUUUAGUCGCAAACUAUGCAAACAGCGUAGGUUAAAUGGUUAUGGAUUUUGCAUCAGACACAUACUUGAAGAUUGUCAUGCUCCUUUCAAGCAAUGUGAAUUUACCAUUAAAUCAAACGGUGAAAAAUGUUUUAAUCCUGUCCCGAAAAGUGCAACAAGAAUAUAUUGCAACAAUCACCUACAAGUUCUUGGUCUUCUUCCAAAACAUUGCAACAAGAAGAAGCCUAUAAGUAAGAAGCCUAUCGCGAAACCCAGAAAAGAAGUGAAACCUGGUAAAAUGAAGAAAAAGUCAGAGAAUGCUGCAUCAACAACAAAAGAAAAAAGAAAGAGAAAAAAAGGUAGCAGUGAGAAAGACAUUUGUGAUGCCGAAAAUAUAAGAGUUGAUAACUGGCAGUCUUCAAUGGUUAAGAUGAUGAAGACUUCUGCUCAUUGUUGUGAACAGUGGAAGCAAAAAACAUUGAAUAAAAGUGUGAGUGCAUUUCGCGAUGCCAGACAAAUGUCAACCAGGGAUGUAAAUGUUUUGGAUUAUUACGUUAUCGACGAUGAAUGUGCAGAAUUCUCAAAGAGUGAUGCUUAUCAGUCAGUCAUCCUGGCAUCACCUGAAAGAGUCCAUCAUAAUACGCUGCGUGCUGAUUCAAUCUCCUUUCAAGAGAGAAAAAUACUGUGUAAACUGAAGCACCAAUAUGGUCAACUCAAGCAGGUGGUUAAAGCGAAGCAAGAAUCAGGAUUACUCUCGUAUGCCGUCCUUUCAAAGCUUGCAGCUUCUGCACGAUGCGAUCCUUUACAGACUGCAAACGUUUUGAACACAAGUAACAAUGGCACUUUUUCAUCAAAGAUUUUCAGACCAAGACGCCUACAAGCUGUUUAUAAAGUUCCAUGUUGUAUGGUGGUUGGAAAUACACGUUGUCCUAACGCAGCUCUACCGUACAUGAAAUACUGCAGUGAUCAUUGCACCGAAGACUGGGAUCAACUUUUAUUUUCAAAAGCGGUUAAGCAUCGUGCAAAGAAGACAUCAUCAGCUUGUACGACGAUCUUAUCCUUUCUACAGGACGAAGAAACAUCUCAAAUUCAUUGGAAACGGAAAGGUGAUGUGGUUACUCACUGUAAAAACAAACAGCGUAAACAAUCCGUCAACACAAAACAAACAAGUAUCAACAAGAAAACAAGGCUGAAAAGAACGAUGAAAAAAUCUUCCUCUUCAGUGUCUUUGAAAGCACAAAUGCAAAAGAAAUUUUCUAUACCCCACAAACCUGCUCAGAAACUAAAUGCUCACGUGAACAGUACGUUGAGAAAAUCUGUUGACGAUGAAAAUAAGGUGUUGGACGUUGUUAACGAUUCUACGACGAUGUCGGAAGACGCCGAAACGACGGAAGAUUCCUCUUCCGGGGAGGAAGAUUCUGGAAGCGACACGUUAACACCCGAGGAAGCUUUCCAUUUACCUCCUGGUUCCUUAUCUUCUUUUUCUACUCCUGUUGACGAUGAAGACUCGUUUUCAAAUAUACGUCGCAACUGUGAAGUAGAGGAUGACGACGACGAAUUUAUUCGAUGUUCGAAUUCCUUUGAACCGUUUGAACCCGGCAGCCAACUGGGGCGUGAUCUGACUUCUCCGACGCUUAAUCAGCUAUCUUCGACUGACUUUGACGCCUUUAACAUGUUGCUAUCUCCGACCAAAAGUUUAAACCCUACCGCAACCAUCUCACCAAGAUCGUCGACGUUAAUGGCAGCAUUUAGUAGUGUUAGCACUAUGACGAGCGUAAACGCCAUGCAUAAGUCGUUACUAGCGCGUCAAAAGUCAGACGCGCACGACAGAGCAACAACAUCGUUGAAAAUAACCCCGGUCAACGUUGGUAAUACGUCUCGUAAAAUAUGUUUCAACGCAGGAUGUACGGCAAAACACGACCAUUCGUCGUCAUCUUUGUCAGUGAACAUUCCAUACACACAUUAUCAAGAUAAAAGGCUCUACAAACAUCCUACUGUCUUUACGAACGGCAAACAUACUAAACCCCCUUCACAUGGCCAUGCAGGGGUUGUUUUGACCAAUGGAAUAGCGACACAUCACAAUAAUUCACCAGCCUUGAUAACAUUGGAUGAAAAUGUGCUGAGUAAGCGAUAUUUAAAUGAUUCGUUAUUGACACAGCCACCAUUUUUUACAGAUACGUCGUUAUUUGACGACAUCAGAACAGAUGUUGAUUCGCCAUUGGAGAAGGUGAAUCCUGAUAUAUUUUUUUCUUCCGUUUUUCCUGUUGCACACAGUGCGGCCAACAUUUGACAUUCCUUUAUUGUUUAAUGACAUUUUUCUUUAAGACUUUUUUCCAUUCUCGUUCGCAUAUUUUUUAUACUCCGCAAAAGGGCAAAGUCCUUAUCUAUAUUACUAACCAGUGCAGGUGAUAGGAUAAAAAUACAAACAAAAGAUAUUGGGCGGUAUUCAGGUCCAAGAAGACCUUAAUACAGGUAUGCUUAUCUGUCUUUUUAUCUGUCUGCUUAUCUGUCUUCUUAUCAGGUCUUCUUGGAAAAGCGACUUCGUUUUUGUGCAGUCUUACGCCCUUUAUUAAAGUAUUGUCAGAAAAGCAUCGUUUUAGUGCAGUCUUAGGCCCUCUAUCAAAGUUUUAGGCAACAACGCUUUUUCAUUUUUUUAACCACAUUAUUCACACCGUUUCAGAGACGUCUUACAAAUUCAGCAAACAAGCUCUUUUUACCUAGUAUUUAUAUAACAUGACUAUUUUUAUUUAUAAAAAUAUUUGACUUGGUUUACCUUUAAAAAUUAACAUCGCUGUACGAGUUGUGGAUACACCUUUUUACAAGUAUACUGAUCAUGUUCAAAGUUUCUUUUAAUAUGUCUAAAUUUUGUAGGAAUAAACGUUUUCGCUUUUUCUAACUUCUUUUGAGUGUUGCCAUUUUGGGUUGUGCCUAAAUUAUUAAACUUUUCGUAUUAGGACUUCGGGUUAGGUAGAUGAAAAGUGACUAAACCUGGACACAUAAAAUCUCCUAAAUAACCUAAAAGAUAGGGAAGCUCCUAAAUUCUCGUGAAUAACAUAAAAUUUGGAUCAACAUAUAUCUUCUACCAAGCGCGUCUACUAGUUCGAUGUUUUAGACGAUUGGUCUAGCGCAUAUAUCCAUCUUGUUUUUCCACUAUUACAUUUUUUAAGGACCCGAGAUUACCGAUUUGAAGGUCCUUUUCGAAGCUGAGUCAUAUAGCUGAGCAUGGCGGUUUCUUUUCUUUCAAUGACACCAUAUUUAUGUGUAGAUAGAAACAUACGUCUGUAUAUAACAACAAGAAAAUAUAAUAUGUAUAAUAUGUAUAUAUGGAAAGAGUAAAAGAAUAGUGAAAUUAGGAGAAUUAAAUAAAAAGAACGCAAGUCAUUUUUUAUCUUCAGA